AUGCAUUCUAUCGGCAUUUCCCUUGCCGCGGUGUGCGCGGCCAUAAUGUACGCUUUGUGGAAAACCUUCAGAAACUACCUCAUUAGCUAUCCCCUUGAUGCUCUCUCUGGUCCAGAGCCCAAAUCCUUCCUCCGAGGAAAUCAGGAGUUUUUCCAUCCGCAAGGUUGGAAGCGUUGGGCAGAAUGUGCGGCGACGUACGGUCCUGCCUUCAUCAUCCGGACUAUUCUUGCCCGCCGCGUCGUCGUCAUUCAUGACCCCAAGGCUAUUCACACCAUCAUGGUCAAAGACCAGAACAUUUGGACCAAGGGCAUUGCCCCUUCUAACGUCUUCACACUCUUUCUUGGACCCGGUGUUCUCUCUCUUCGUGGCGGAGAGAGGCACAGGCGCCAACGAAAGAUGCUUAACCCUGUCUUCUCUGCGGCCCACCUUCGCGACAUGACUCAUAUCUUUUACAACGUAUCACACAGGGUGCACGAUGCGAUCAAGAAGCGUCUCCCUACCUCAGGUGUCGCUCAUGAGGUCGACAUCAACAACUGGAUGGGUCGCACUACACUCGAGAUGCUCGGACAGGCUGGCCUCGGCUAUUCAUUCGACCGCUUUUCCGAGGACGCCGCGGAUGAAUACGGAGAGUCGAUCAAGCUCUUCUUCCCGUAUCUCGCACGCACGCGUGUCCCAGCUUUCCUGAUCUCUCCGCUUUCCUACAUUCUGCCUGAUUCUCUGAUCCGCGCCCUCUUCCGCAUGGCACCCUUCAAGGCCGUGCGAGACGUCCAGGGCCUCUCAGACGCGAUGAGUGUGCGCUCGGCCGAGAUAAUCAAGCAGAAGAAGGCUGCGCUCGAGAAGGGCAACCUCGCGCUCAAGCACCAGGUCGGCGAGGGCAAGGACAUCAUGAGCAUCUGCUUGCGCGCGAACAUGGCCGCGACGGAGCACGAGAAGAUGUCGGACGAGGAGAUCCUCGCGCAGAUGUCGACGUUCAUCCUCGCCGGAAUGGACACGACCUCGAACGCGCUCUCCCGCAUCCUGCACCAGCUCGCGAUCCACCCCGACGUGCAGAGCAAGCUCCGCGCGGAGAUCGUCGAGGCGCAGGGCGGCGACCGCGCGGAGAUCGCGUACGACGAUUUGGUGAAGCUUCCGUACCUCGACGCCGUCUGCCGCGAGACCCUGCGCGUCUUCGCGCCCGUCACAUUCUCCCCGCGCACAGCGGCGGAGGACACCGUGAUCCCGCUCUCCGCGCCCGUGCGCACGCGCGACGGCGGCUCGAUGUCCGAGAUCCCCGUCGCGCGCGGCACGACGGUCUUCAUCCACUACCAGGCCUCCAACACGAACCCCACCCUCUGGGGGGCCGACGCGGCGGAGUGGAGGCCGGAGCGGUGGCUCGCGCCCCUCCCCGCCGCGCUCGAGGACGCGCGGAUCCCGGGCGUGUAUGCGCACCUGAUGACGUUCGCCGCGGGCGCGCGGGCGUGCAUCGGCUUCAAGUUCUCGCAGCUCGAGAUGAAGAUCGUCCUGGCGGAGCUGCUGUCCGCGUUCGAGUUCGGGCUGACGGGAAAGGAGGUGCGGUGGAACACGUCGGCGGUGAUGUUCCCGUCCAUGGGGGAGAGUCGGAAGCCAAGCCUGCUGCUAAUGGUGAAGUCGCUGAAGGGUUAG